AAAAGACAAAAAUACUGAACGAAUACAUAAUAUUAAAUAAUUGUGUAAUAAAAACAUUAACUAUUGAGGACUAAUCAAAACCUUUCUGAGGUAUCACGUAGUUGUAAUGCAUUUUCACAGCUAAUAGAGCCCUACUUUUUCCAACAGUACCAAAUAAUAUUUAAAUAUAUAAAUGAAUUGAAUAAUAUUGUUUAGAGUCUAAUCUGUCUAAUGUGAAAAUGUACUCAUUGUUGCUGACUACAAGUCCCAUAAUACGGCACGGUUUGUCUUAUGGUGGUGACGUAUUCUUGGCGCGCCUCGUCUUUCUCAAGUAGGAGAGUUGACGCUCAUAGCUGUUGUUUCAACGGUAUCCGUCACUGAUGUCUCAACAACCACAACAAACUGUGCCCUCCGCCCCAGACUCCCCUGCGCUGGUGGUCACCUCCAAUGUGCAAAAAUAUGCGAUUAAGAAGAAAAAAGUCCUCAGUGCUGAAGAAACUGAGCUGUUUGAACUAACCCAGGCUGCAGGCAUCACUGUUGACCAAGAGGUCUUUAAGAUCAUAGUGGAUCUUUUGAAGAUGAAUGUGGCUCCUCAAGCAGUCUUCCAGACUCUGAAGGCAAUGUGUGCAGGCCAGAGAGUGGCUGAAAGCUGUGGCGGAGAGUCUUCUGCUGCCUCCCACACCACCAGCAUCACCACAGCACCUACAGAGGCCAGAGAAGAGGACUCUUUGGUCUCUGGAAAGAGCCCUAAGCCUCCUGCAGCUCCCCCCUCAGCAUCUGGCCCCAGAGCCACAAGGGUCAACACUAAGAUUGUGGUCUACGGCCCCCAAGACUCUAGCUCUCCUCACUCUCAAGUGCGCAGUAAAGCUGGAGGGAGCCACAGUGAGAAGAGCAGGGAGGCUUCCAGCCAGAGAGUGCAGCGGCAGCCCAGCGCCACUAGGGGGCAGAAGACUAAGAGCUCAGGCAGCAGUAGUUCCUCCUCUCAGAUAAACUCCACAUAAGACUCAGGUCAAUGUGAGACCUUUUGUAAAUAUGUACUUUUCUUUGCAUUUAAUUUAUCUGUAUGGUUUACUGUAUAACCAGGUUGGUUCACUUAAACAAAACACAAACAGGUUUUGGUUUUACUUGCCCUGGUUUUUAUAUAAAUGUCCUCCUUAUUGCAACGGAGGUGAAUGGAAAUGUAUGACAACACUGAAAAAUUAAAAAUUGUCUAGGUUAUUUAGGAUAAUCCACACAUCUCAAUGGACUAUUUGUUUCUGGUUCAACAUAUUUCCAAUGAGAACUGUUCGCAUAUAUCUGAAAACCUUGGAAAAUAAAAUUAAGCUUUGCAUGAUUAGAUGGAUACCACCGAUGUUAAGUGAGAAAAGUUCUAACAAAACGUAUGAAACUCCUGAAUGUCUUCUCAUUCUUUUUGUGGCAGGUGUUUCUGUAAGUGAGUAAAGCCUUUUGUCUGGUUGCCAUGUAACAUUUAACAUACUUACAUUUUUACUGAAAAAUGAAAAUGUCUCUGUUCAACGUGCAGCUUUUUAUAUUAUGAAUAUUGUUUAAUAAAUCCAAUAACAAUAUA